AAAGCCUCUUACGGUUGCAGCAACAGCAGCAUUCACUGAAAGCACUCAGUAGGGUUUGCGGUUUCAGAGUUUGUGACGCACGCAUCCAUGGCCACCACCACCAACGCCGCCGCAGCCCCGCCGCGCCAGCUCUCCCAGAAGGAAGCCGACAUCCAGAUGAUGUUAGCCGCCGACGUCCACCUCGGCACCAAAAACUGCGACUUCCAAAUGGAACGUUACAUCUUCAAGCGCCGCAACGACGGGAUUUACAUUAUUAACCUUGGGAAGACAUGGGAGAAGCUUCAGUUAGCAGCUAGGGUUAUUGUUGCAAUUGAGAACCCUCAGGAUAUCAUUGUUCAAUCCGCAAGGCCUUAUGGUCAAAGAGCGGUUCUGAAGUUUGCUCAGUACACUGGUGCUCAUGCUAUUGCUGGAAGGCACACUCCCGGUACCUUCACCAAUCAGCUUCAGACUUCGUUCAGUGAGCCUCGUCUCCUUAUCCUCACUGAUCCAAGAACAGAUCACCAGCCUAUUAAGGAAGCUGCUCUUGGGAAUAUUCCCACCAUUGCUUUCUGUGACACUGAUUCGCCUAUGAGGUAUGUGGACAUUGGAAUUCCUGCCAACAACAAGGGAAAACACAGCAUUGGUUGUCUCUUUUGGCUCCUUGCAAGGAUGGUAUUGCAGAUGAGGGGUACAAUUCGCCCUGGCCUCAAAUGGGAUGUCAUGGUUGAUUUGUUUUUCUAUAGAGAACCAGAGGAGGCUAAGCAACAAGAGGAGGAGGAAGCUCCGGCAGGUGAUUAUGCCAUCACAGAUUUCAAUGCAGGUGCUAUUGCUGCUGAUGGCCAGUGGCCUGGUACAAUUGAUCAAUCAUGGAGUGAUGCAGUUCCACAACCUAUUCCAGCAGCACCUGGUGUCAACUGGGGGGCACCUGCAGAAGCACCUGCUGCUGUUGCAGAAGGAGAUUGGGGUGAAGCUGUUCCACCACCACAACAAAUCCCUGUUCCUCCCUCUGGAAUUGACUCUGUCCAACCAACUGGCUGGGAAUAAACUAGUGUUUUUUGAUGCUAUGAUUUUGCCCUGUCCUUCAAUUUAGUUGUCUUUCUUAGAAGUAAAAUAUGGAUCAGUUUUUUUGUAGCAAAGCAACUUGGUUUUUUUUUUUUUCUAGUUUGUUAUGAGUGGCAAAAUAUUAUUUUUAACAUGGUAUAUUCGGUAAGAUUUUAUUUUGUUUUGAUGCAGUCAUGAUUCAUGAAUGUUUGGUAAUGAUAUUUUGGCCCCCUCUUUUGUUUACCCA